GAAAAGUUAUUGAAAGGUUGAUGUUCUAGUUUUGUUGUUUGUUGCUAUUGACUUGAUUUGCAGUGUUACGUUUUAGUUCCAGAUCCGUAUAAUCAAUAAAUUCGGGCCGAUGUGUGCUGAAUCUUUUGAGCAUUCUUAGAAUGGGGUUUGAAAUAAAAAGGUUUCAAGGUGACGUUGACGAGGAGCUGAUUUGUCCUAUUUGCUCGGGGGUUUUGGAAGAUCCUUUGCAGGCACCAGCCUGCGAGCACGCGUUUUGUCGCGCCUGUAUAACUGAGUGGAUCAGCCGCCAGCCGACGUGCCCGGUGGACCGCCAGGCCGUCACCGCGAGCCAGCUUCGACCAGUUCCACGGAUACUACGUAACCUGCUGUCCAGGUUGUGCACAAGUUGUGACAACGCUCCUCAUGGUUGCAACUCAGUGCUAAAGCUGGACUCCCUGGCUUCCCACUUAGUUGAAUGUGAAUACAACCCUAAGCGACCAAUGCCAUGCGAGGCCGGCUGCGGCCUCGUGAUACCCAAGGACGAGCUGCAAGAUCACAACUGCGUGCGGGAGCUGCGCGCACUCAUCGCCACUCAGCAGGGCAAGCUGACCGACUUCCAGCAGGAACUAGCUGAGCAGAGGCUGGUCAUCAAUGAGCAUAAGAGGGAACUCGCGCUGCUGAAGGAGUUCAUGCGUGCGAUGCGCGUGUCGAACCCCGCGAUGCGUGUGCUCGCGGACCAGAUGGAGCAAGAAGAGGUGCUGCGCUGGGCCAACUCGCUGGCCCGCGCGCGCGUCACGCGCUGGGGCGGCAUGAUCUCCACGCCGGACGACGUGCUGCAGAUGAUGAUAAAGCGAAGCCUGUCAGAGUCGGGGUGUCCGCCGCACAUCAUCGACGAGCUCAUGGAGAACUGCCACGAGCGCCGCUGGCCGCCCGGCCUGUCCUCACUCGAAACACGACAGAAUAAUAGAAGAUUAUACGAGAAAUACGUGUGCAAGCGCGUACCCGGCAAGCAAGCGGUCUUAGUGCUUCAGUGCGACAACACUCACGUCGACGACCACAUGAUGACUGAACCCGGCCUCGUCAUGAUCUUCGCGCACGGCAUAGAGUAACAUAGCACUUUUAUUUUCCAAUUUCGAAAACGCUAAAGGCCACCUCACACUAGUAUCUCCUAGCUGUAGGAAAUAUCGUCGCGGCGCGCCGAUACUCGGGAGUUGGGACGCGUGUGGUGUAGGUCUUAAGUGCCAAUUAGGAAACUGUCUACUGCGCGUGUCUGCGACAAAACUCGCUUCGACGACCAUGUGAUGACUGAACCUGGCCUCGUCAUGAUCUUCGCGCACGGCAUAGAGUAACAUAACACUUUUAUUUUCGAAUUUCGAAUACGCUAAGGGCCGCCCCACCUACCAGGCUUUGUGUGCGACGUACCAGUGUGAAGAAGGGCGUUAUUAUGCAGUUGCGUCGAUUUACUAGACGCUGGAGCUCGGAAGACGCUAGUGUGGGGUAGCUAUAAGUUGGCAAACAAGCCGUACUGAUCCUGUAGUGCGAGCUCGGCUUGGUCAUGAUCAUCGCGCACGGCAUGGAGUAACAAGUCCACGUGGACUAAUAUCGACGUAUGUACUCAGUUUUAUUGUGAAUGUGGAAUAAGGGCCACCCCGCAUUAGCAUCUUGACGGCAUCUUGUCAGCGCAGUGGAAUUACGUGCUGACGGUGCGUAUAAUGGCCGCUGUACACAUAGGGCAAACGGUUGGACCAACCCUUGGUGGAACCCCUUGCCCAAACUAAAAGUCUCUGUUUACACAUUGGUGAACCAAUCACUUGGCAUUGGCUUCAUACAAGAUGGACGUAGAAUGGAAAAUAGAUAAUUUAGGUCAUUCAUGUUGUCAGCAAAAUUUAAUUAAUAAAU